AUGGUGAUCACGGCACAUUGGAUCACCAAGGAUUGGCAAUUGCGUGUUGCAACACUGGACUUUGUCGAUCUGGGAGAGAAGCACACUGCUGUGGUCAUUGCAGAUGCCUUUGAAGAUGUGCUGCACGAGUGGGGAUUGGUGGACCGUUGUUUCGGCGUCACCACCGACAACGCAGAGAGCAACACUGCCGCGCUGCGCAUUCUAGCUGGGCAAGGGCAUUAUGGGAGGGAAGAGCCAAUUGUCGCGGCCACCAUGCACUUUCGGUGCCUCGCACACAUCCUGAACCUCGCUGUGCAGCGGGCUUUAGGAGUAGAUGCGGUGAAGGGUACCACCAAGGCUGAAAAGGAACGGGUCAGUGAGCUGAGCCUCAGUGCUGAGCACUGGGAGAGCCUCACGGAAUUGGUGGAGUUUUUGGACCCGUUCAACUCCGUCACCCUGGCAGCCGAGGGAUCUAUGUAUCCCACCGUCAGCGCUGUUGUUCCUCAAUUCAAUGAACUGAUGGACCAACUAGAGGGCGCGUACCACGAUGUCCAGUCGCCCCCCACCGAGCUUCGCAAGCAGCUCAUCAACGCAGCCCUUCCUCUCCUGAAGAAGUAUUACUAUGGGAGCAGUGAUGAGCUCGUGGUCGCUACGUUUCUGGACCCGAAUUACAAGCUCGAUUACUUCAAUCUCCCGUUUUGGGAGCUGUCCAACCCCUCAAUAGCGGGGGUAGUGGGUGAAGGGUCCCGGGCUGUGAGCUCUGUUGCUCCGGAGGAAGUGUUGGCGCUUGUGCGCCAACGCUGGGCGCCUUAUAAGGCACGUGCAGAUCUGGCUGCUGCAGCUCGUGCUGGAGUGAGCACAGUGACAGUGGGACAGAUGACUGGUAUGGGCGGUGGGGGGAUGCGUGCGGGGAGUGGUGGUGCUGGGGGGGAUGCUAUGGCCAAGAAUCCCAUCAAGGAACACAUCCAGGCUAUGAGAGCUAGCCAGGACAGUCGGCCUCGAGAUGACAUAACCAUUUAUCUUGAAGAGCCGCCCGUGGAUGUGUGCCCGCUCGCUUAUUGGCGUGAGCGGAAAGAUCUUCCCUCCUUGCAGGCAAUGGCAAUGGAUUACCUUGCCAUUCCUGCAACAUCCGCUCCUAGCGAGCGUGUUUUCUCUCAGAGCAGGAACCUCAUUACGUGGCAUCGCCAUCGCUUGAGCGCCGAGCGCAUACGUGCGUGCAUGACGCUCAAGACGUGGGUGAAGUCUUAUCCUGGGGUGAUGCUUGGUGGAGCUGAUGCGGCUGCGGUAUUAGAGGAGCUUGGAGUGGAGGGGGAUGAAGAGGAAGACUAUGGGGAGUUGCGUGCUUGA